UAUUAUUAAUUUUUUUACACAUAGAUCUAUUUAUGUUCUUGUGUGCUAACGUGCGCCAAUUGCCACCACCUCUCUCCGCCAUGGCCGCACGAGACCACCAUCAUAUCCACGCAAAGAAAAUCCCUCUCUUCCCACUCCUCUCUCUCCUCUGCUUCGCUUCCAUCUUCCUCGUCCUCUCGCUCUCCAGGAAAACCUUCUCCAAUGCCUCACACUCGCACGAAACCUUCCGAUUUCGACACACCCGGAGCCCCGACCCGAAUGCGGCCCCGGACUGGUCCUGCGACUACGGGGACGGGGCGUGGAUCCGAGACUCCGACUCAACGGGCCCGAGGUAUGACGGUACGUGCAAGGAGAUAUUCAAGGGCUGGAAUUGCAUCUCCAACAACAAAUCCAACGGUCACGAGCUCACCGCGUGGCGGUGGAAGCCCCGGCGCUGUGAUCUCCCGCCGUUCGAUCCGGUUUCGUUUCUGGAGAAGCACAGGAACACCAGCAUCGGGUUUGUUGGGGAUUCCCUGAAUAGAAAUAUGUUUGUUUCUCUGUUCUGCAAUCUGAAACGCGUGUCCAGUGAAGUGAAGAAGUGGCGGCCAGCUGGUGCCGAUCGCGGAUUUACGUUUCUUCGCUAUAAUCUCACCAUCGCGUAUCACCGCACGAAUCUCUUGGCUCGUUAUGGUAGGUGGUCAGCUAAUGCCAAUGGUGGUGUGUUGGAAUCUCUUGGAUAUAAAGAAGGCUUUAGGGUUGAUGUUGAUGUUCCAGAAGGCACAUGGGCUGAGACUCCGGCCUUUCAUGAUAUUCUAAUCUUUAACACAGGACACUGGUGGUGGGCUCCUUCAAAAUUUGACCCUGUGAAGUCACCCAUGCUUUUCUUUGAGAAUGGUCACCCUGUCAUACCUCCAGUACCCCAAGAUGUUGGCCUGGAUAUGGUCUUAAAGCACAUGGUACUGUUCGUAGAGGAAAAACUGCGACCGGGUGCAAUCAAAUUCUUUCGUACACAAUCACCUAGACAUUUUGAGGGAGGUGACUGGGACCAAGGUGGUUCUUGUCAACGGCUACAGCCUUUGUUGCCAGAGCAGGUUGAAGAACUCUUCUCUCUGAAUAAUAAUGGAACAAAUGUGGAGGCACGUCUAGUGAAUCAGCACCUAUACAAAGCCCUUAAAGGGUCUGCUUUCCAUAUUUUGGACAUAACCCGCAUGAGUGAGUUUAGAGCAGAUGCCCAUCCAUCCACUUCUGGUGGAAAGAAACAUGAUGAUUGUAUGCACUGGUGCUUACCAGGAAUUACUGAUACUUGGAAUGACUUGUUCAUAGAGCAUCUAAACAAUAUUAAGUUUAGAGAUUGAUAUAUUAAUUAUUUUCAUCCUGAAAUUGCA